UGGGAAUUUUUGUAACCUUCAAAGUGUAAUUUGAGUGGAUAAUUUCUCAUAUUUACACUGUUAAAAAAAGACACAUUAAAAAAGAUGGUACGCCAAUGUAAAAAAUAACAAACAUAAGUGACAUAAAUCAAAGGACUACGUAAAAAGUGAGGUUAAAAUUAUCGAGUCGUCAAUAAACAGAAACAGAACCAAACAGACCUGACGAUACAUGUGAUAAAAUAAAAGCAAAAUGCCGUUAAUAAUUUUAUCGGGAAUUCCAAGUAGCGGAAAAACAACUCGUGCUAAAGAGUUACAAGAGUAUUUUGAAAAAAAGAAUGUCAAAGUAAUUGUGGUAUCUGAAACGGAUGCUAUUUCAAAAGCUGGCUUUACUAAAGAUACAUUUUAUUCAGAUUCUCAAAAAGAAAAGCAUAUUCGUGGUGUAUUAAAAUCGGAAGUUCAACGUUUAAUCAACUCUGAUACCGUCGUAAUAUUCGAUGGCAGUAAUUAUAUAAAAGGCUAUCGAUAUGAAUUGUACUGUGUUGCGAAAGCUGUGAAAUGCACUCAAUGUACAAUUCAUUGUGAGAUCAAUAUUGAAGAAGCUUUUCGAUUUAAUCAAUUACGAGACGAUCAAUAUUCGCGAAGUACAUUUGAUGAACUUGUAAUGCGAUAUGAAACACCUGAUGGACAAAAUCGUUGGGACGCACCAUUAUUUGUUGUUUUUCCUGGUGAUUUAUUAAAUUUUGAGGCAAUUAAUGAUUGUUUAUUUAAUAAAAAACCCCCACAGCCGAAUAUGUCUACACAGAAUGCUCCAUUAAAUUCAACAAAUUUUUUGUAUGAAUUAGAUAAGAUUACACAAGAAAUAAAUCAAGCAAUAUUAGCAGCUUUACGUUUAGGUUUCUCAGAGAAUAUACGCUUACCAGGUGUCUCACGUGAUUUAACAAUGGAUUGCGGUGGUAUAAAUGCAACACAAUUGACACAAUUACGUCGACAAUUUAUGACAUACACUAAAAUGCAUCCAGCUGAUGUGAAUACAAUACCAAAUUUAUAUGUACAGUUUUUAAAAAGUUCAAAUUUAGACGUACAUGUCCACGUAUUUUAA